AUGGCAGCUAAUUUAGCCCUAUGCGACAGUGAUGUAGAAGAUGAUUACAUCGACAUGGAAGUAACUUCUUUCACAAGCCUCGUACGCAAAACUCUCAUCAACAACAACAACAACAACCCUAGAGAGUUCGAGUUCCAAAUGUCUCAUCUUGGUCCUCUACAUACAGACAAAACCACUUCUCCUGCAGACGAACUCUUCUACAAAGGCAAGCUUCUCCCUCUUCACUUACCUCCACGUCUCCAAAUGGUCCAGAACCUUCUAGAAGACUACACCUUUGAAGAUGAAUUCUACAGCACACCUUUAACCACUCCAGUCACUAGCAACACUCCUUUCGAGUCUUGCACCGUCUCUCCAGCAGAGUCUUGUCAAGUGAGUAAAGAGCUUAACCCUGAAGACUAUUUCCUCAACUAUUCAGAUUCAAUAGAAGAGAAGAAAUCUUGGGGCAAGAAACUGAAGUUGAUCAAACAAUUAAGCUUUGGAACAAAGAUUAAAGCUUCAAAAGCUUAUCUAAGAUCCUUCUUUGGUAAAUCAAGUUGUUCUGAUGAGUCUAGGGUUGCUGAUGAAGGAUCUGUUUUGAGGUAUUCAUUAGUGGAGCCUCCUUUUGGACAAAUCAAAACAGAAAAACCUAAAAAACAGAGUGAUGGCUCUGUUUCUAGGAGCCAUAGGAGAUCGUUUUCGGUUUCUAUGAGGAGACAACCUGCGAAGAGUUUGAACAACAAAGCAACGAGUAGUUUAGGGUUUCGUCCGUUGCAGUUUUUGAAGAGAAGCACGAGUUCGAGCUCAGAGAUGGAGAAUUCUGUUCAAGGAGCUAUCUUGCAUUGCAAGCAAUCUCAGCAGAAGCAGUAUAGUGUCAAUGAGGUUGGAUUCUGUUCGUUGUCAGCUUCAAGAAUCACAGCGACAGAUGAUCAAGAGCGGGAUCAGCUAUUUAGGGGUUAA